CGGCAGGCCUCCAUCCCUCCCUCACCAUCCCGCCGUUUACACGUUCCUGGCCGAGGUGGAGCACAAUCAUGACCGCUGACGUCAGCGUGGUGCUACCGUGUGCGUACGAGUACGAGUACGCCGCGCGGACAGUCAGGUCCGUGUCGGCGGCGACGCCACCCGAAAUCUUGCGCGAGAUAGUCGUGGUCGACGACGGCAGCACGCCUCCGCUUCGCAUCCCCGAGCCGGCGCGGUGGAAGGCCUUCGUGGUUCGCCUCGAGAAGACGGGCGGCCUCAUUCGCGCCCGGAUCGCCGGCGCUGCGGCGGCGACGGGCGCCGUCAUCGUCUUCUUUGACUGCCACGUCAGGCCGAUGGACGGGUACUGGCGCGGGCUACUCGCGCCGAUCGAGGCAGACUACCGCGUCGCCACUGUCCCGACCGUCACCAGGCUGGAUGCGGCGACGUGGCAGCCCGUCGGCAGCCCCACGAGAGGAGGCGCAAAGUGCUACCUCACCUUUGACACCGACUUCAAGUGGACGUUCGACGCGACGGACGACGUGCCCAUCAUGAGCGGCGGGCUGGUCGCCAUCAGUCGCCGCUGGUGGAACGAGACGGGCGGCUACGACAGCUCAAUGCUCGGGUGGGGCGGCGAAAACAUCGACCUCUCCCUGCGCAUCUGGCGCUGCGGCGGAGCCAUCAAGGCCGCCAAGGAGUCGUACGUCGCGCACAUGUACCGGGAGCCGGGCAAGCCCAAGACGGCGGCCCGCUUCCGCGUGCCGAAGGGUGCGCCGACGCGGAACCGCGCCACGUCCGCCCGCGCGCACUUUGGGCGGCUGUGGGCCAAGACGGCGGCGUUCCCGCUCUUUGAAGCGCACCGUCUCGCGCCACCCGACACGUCAAACAUCGAGCGGGCGCUGGCGUCGCUGCGCUGCCAAUCCUUCGAGUGGUACCUGCGCCGCUUCGCGUACAUCUACCGCGACGCGGGCGUGCUGCCCGGCUCCAUCUUCCAGCUCGAGGGCGGCGGCCGCACAUGCCUGUCUUCGACGACGGCCGAGCCGGUCCGCGGGAUGGGGCAGGCCUACCCGGAGGCACUACGGGCGCUCCCCUGCAAUGCGACUGACCCGCGGCAGUGGUGGCACGAGUCGAACCGCAACGAGACGGGCCGCUGCUGCUCUGGGCUGCGCCUCUGGAAUGCGGAGCUCUGCAUCCAGAGGGCGGGGCGGCUGCAGCUGUGCACGGCCGAGGGGACGAACGCGGCACAGCACGUCCGCCUCACCGCCGCCGGCCGCCUACGCUUCACGCGCUUCGACGACGUGUGCCUCGACCGCUCCGGCAGGCCGGCGAGCUGUGCGGCGGCCGGCUCCUUCCGCCGGCGCGGCCGGCACGCCCCUCUCGAGUUUACGCUCCUCUCGGCGGAGCUGCAGCGCAGCUUUGCCGGCCAGCGCCACGGUGACCGUCGCCGCACGCCCCGCCAGCGGCCUGCUGGAAGCACACGCUCAGGCGGCGGCCAUUUGAUUCGAGAUGCGCGUCUACCGGCCGGGACCGGGAGGGAGGGGGUCCUUCGAUCUGUACAUCAGUAAUUCCGUGAUUUGUCCGUUUAAACUUUCUU